AUGCCGGGAGUAUUUAAUGACCUCAACGUACUAUACAAGUCACCUCUUUUGUAUGAUGUCAUUCAAGGACGUGCUUUGCAGGUUCGAUAUUAUCAAGAUGGAAUAUAUCCAAAUUGGAACACAAUUGUCCAAUCAUUUUCGAAUCCUCAAGGACGACAACAUCAAUUAUUCUCUAGGAUGCAAGAAGUGUAUCGUAAGGACGUGGAGAGAGCCUUUAGAAUUCUUCACGCUGUACACACCGCACUGGAUGGGAUAUUUGGGUUUAGCCAAGGGCCUCUAUCUGAUAUAUCACAGUUGUUAUCUCAAGGGUUAACUCCCAAAGUGCUCUCUCAUUGUUUGAAGGGAGAUGACAAUGGAGGGGGUACACUUGUUCUUGGUGAGAUUUUGGAGCCAAGUAUUUUUUACAGUCCCCUUGUUCCGCCAUGGGAAUGGGAGAAGGAAAUAAAGACUAGGUUUAGAGCCACUGAUUUUCGUUGCCACCAUUAUUAUUUAAAUCUGCAGAGCAUUGCUAUCAAUGGAAAAAUCUUGCCAAUUGAUCCAACAACCUUCACAUUACACGACGGAGGAACUAUUAUCAACUUAGGAACAACAUUGGCAUACCUUGUUGAAGAAGCUCACGUUCCUUUUGUUCGUGCGAUAACUUCAGCUGUUUCACCAUUCGUGACUCCCUUCAUUUCAUACGGAACCAGUGUUAUCAUUUUGGCUGAGGUUUUUCCUAUAGUCAGUCUAAACUUUGCCGCUAGUGCAUCAAUGGUGUUGAAACCAGAAGAGUACCUCACAUGUAGCGGAGGGGUGACAAUUUUAGGAGAUUAG